CGGUCAGUGUUCAAUUUGCAAUCAAACUGACUAGACGCACGACGAUAAACGUGGUGACUGAUGUAGACGAUGAUGCCGAUGGAUGGCAGCUUUCAACAGAUGUUCUUAAUUCGUUAAACACUCCGCAGCCCGUGUUGACAAUUCUGUUAUUGAUAGUGAUUUGAAGGAAGAGUGUCGAGUGCACAUGCGCACCAUGCGCGAGAAAAUCUAUUGAAUCGUGAACCUUUGAGUGAAGUGUGAACAGAGGAAAAUAGACGUGUGAUAAGUGCGAUAACUACCGGUGUCCGGUUAUCGGACCUAGUUCCAAGUGGUUGUCAUUCCAAGACUGUUUCUUCAUGAACGACGGUUGCGUUUGUGGUGAUCUGAUGUGAGCGAGUUAGCGAUCAGCGACGAAAGAUCGGUUAUAAUUAUGCGUACAAACCAAUUAGGUUAAAUCAGUGUUACAACAACGAUUUGAAUAAUUGCUGAGUCCGAUGUGGAAGUGACUAACAAUUUAAAACCAUUUGAACAGAUUCACACUUUUUGUAGCUGCUUUGAAGUGUUUUUACAAUACUCUACAACCAGUUGAAGUGAACUAAAAGCAACACAAAAUACAUCUGAAAAAAAAACAAGUUAAUCGUCACGUUCAAACAGCCAAACCGGCUGUCCACCCAAGAUCACAUACCAGAACCUGGGGGUGAAUUUGAAUUUCAACUUAUUUUGGCAGACCCAACAAAAACAACAAAGACAUCAUGUCCGUCGAUUUUGCGUCGACCGUCGACAUCACUACGAUCAGAGAUGAGGAUCUUCUCCGGAAACUGUGGCACGACGCACAGGAUUUCGGUCGCAAGCGGGAGAUCCGUGCGCAUAUGUACAAACUGCGCGAGGAGCGCCUGAAAGCAUUGUACUCCCAAAUAGAGACGCCACUGACGACCAUCAUGGAGCAGAACAACAUUAGUAGCAAGUAUGGUUUAUCGAAAACCACCGUUACUGGCAGCCACGGGGAUUCGUUGGCCGACCAGAGCUUUGAAAGCUUGAAAUCAAAGGAGGUUAGAGACUCGGAAAGUCCUACACGAUUUGGAACUGUCAUUCCGUCCGAUAAUAGUGGAUGGCACGUCACUAAAUCCGAAGAGAUUAGUGCUGAUGGUACGACACAUACGGUACGAAGUACUGCUACCACUGAAGGCACUAAGGAUGUUGACGGUGGUCGGACUACAUUCUCCGGUAAGAACGCAGAAGCUCAUAGUGAGCGUUUGGUCGUGGAAGAUGGGGAUAAUUUCAUUCGAAACAAAAAUCACGAAUCUGCAACUUUUCUCGCUGAGAAUGGUGUAUUUACAAACGAUGAUGGAAGUAAGGUACAGACAUCGAAAUCUACGACGGUAACUUCGUCGUCUUCGCGUACGGUCUGUUCGCAGAAAGUAUCCUCUGAAAACGAGCCCGAAUCGGAACCAAUUUUCAUUCGACCAAUGACUGUAAGAGUUCUAGAAUCAAAAAAAGACAAUGCAACUCAGCAACAACAACAGUCCAGCAGUGUUCACGAAGAGAAAAUUAAAAUACACGAAACUGAUGGAAAUAGACACAGCAAAGUUGAUCCGUCUACUGACGCACAUCUUGCCGAAGUAUUAAGAUUAAUGGGCAAUGCUGGUGAAAUAUUAAAGCGCGAGGUAACAGUACUAAAUCCAACUACUAGGCAGAUAGUAACAACGAAGAAAACGGAAGAUGGUACUAUUGUGACACUCAAGACGUUUGAAAGAAUUGAACAGGAGUCAGGUCAACAAACACAGGAUCAAUCGACUAGUUCCAAAGUUGAGCAAGAUUACCAGGUCGCAAGUAGCUCAGGGGCACGUCCUAAAACUACUCGGAGUGAAACUGAAUAUCGUUCUUCGAAAAAGGAUGUAGCCGAUAAAGUAACAAAUCAACAAUUCAUCGUCGAAGAGCGCACUGAUAAUCAACGAACGGAACAGGUGACAACACAUCAAGAUGUUAGUACUUUCCAAAAGAUCACCAUGGAUGUUGAUGCUGUACAUGAAUCUUUUGCACGUUCACUGCGAUGCACUUCGCCAACCGGUAGCGUCCGUUCGCUUCAUUCUACUUCUGGUAGAUCAAGCGUCAGUCCAGAUAAAUCAUCCCGUGGAAGACGCUCUCCUUCGCGAGACUCUGACACUAGUCGGUACAGCACUCAAACCACUACUCGCACAAGUAGGACGGAGGAUUCUCACAAGGAUUACAUGAAACCAACUAUCACAUCCGAGCGCAAACAAUCUAGCUACAAGGAAUCCUCAGUUCAUGAGUCUACAUCAAUUGAAUCUUACGACACGGUAGACAAAACGAAAGUCAAAGAGCGUUCACUCAGUCCGAAAAAAGUUCCACAGAACACUCCGGACACUACUCCCAGAGGUCCGUCCCCCGACAAGUUGUCCAGACAGGCAUCUCCAAGUAAAACUCCUAAAGAAUCGUCACCAUUCUGUUCAGUCGACAGCUCACGAGCUGCGUCUCCAAUCAAAAGAAGUGACUCUCCGACCAAAACCUCUUCUGCCAAGUUAACUCGGGAAAAUUCUUCGGAAAUACUAAAUGUUGACACAACAAUCACACUUUCUACGAAAGAAAAACUUCAGCAACAGGUUCAUGAAGAUGUUGAGAUCUUCGAUACAAAAAGUCAAACUACCGAUUUGGAUGACCUCACAAUAAAGGUAAAAUUGGAAAAUGUUGCAGAUGAUGUUGAAGUAACCACCACGGUUGAAGAGGUUGAUGUAACAGAGAAAGAAACGCCUAAAAAGGACACUAAAGUCCCUAAGAAAAAGCCACCAUUGGUGCGUAGUGAAACUUUUGAGGAACGAUGCCGCAAAAUUCUGGGCAUGCCUGAAUCAGAUGACCAAGUAGAGGAAAAGGUCGAAACAGACGCAACAAGUAUAUUCAGUACGUAUGACAACACUCUGACCCGUAGUUCUGAGACACGUGAAAAACGAAAGAAAGUCGAGCAAGAGAUAAAAACGAUUGAGUCCGAAACGCGACGAAACUCUCGAAAAACAGAUGAUUUUAUUAAAAGCGAACGAAAUGUUGAACAUAAAAAUGUUUCCCCCGUUAGACGUGUUACCGAAAAUGUGAAAGAAGUCUCACCGACGCGCAAACCUAAGGAAUCAUCACCAACAAAAGCAGUAUCUCCAAUUCGUAAACAAUCUCAACCUUCUCCCGAGCGUCGUGUCCUACAACAAUCGAAGGAAACAUCGCCUAUCAGAAAGAACUCGCAACCUUCCCCUGAUAGACGGCCCAAAGAUAGUUCCCCAGAUGAAAAAUUAUCACCCACUAAGGCAGAUUUCACCACACGCAAACACUCUCAACCAUCACCAGAUCGCCGUGUAAAGGAUAAAAUUUCGCCAUCAAAAUCUGUCGAAACUGCGGAACCUUUCAUUGAUAGGAAACUUUCACAGCCCUCACCGGAGCGUCAUCCAAAAGAGUCAGAACCUACAGUACGAUCAAAAGAGAGUUCUCCUUUCAGAUGUUCUCGUUCGCACGAGCGUUCACCCGUUCCAACAGAAAAACCUGUGCCGGUGUCUCCCGUCCGCAAGGCUUCUGCAGGAUCACCGACGCGUAAAACAUCUUAUACUGAAACUUCUAUAACGAAAACAACUACUUCCAAGGCCGAUAUACUUGUCAACCAGAAAAAGGAAGGAAAGAAUAUAUCAGUCACAGAAAUCACCAUACAGCCCAUCACAGAAACGAAGAAAUCCGAUAAGGUUCUUACUAAGCAGUCGUCCGAUAAUCGAUUCGAACGAAAGACAACCAGUAACCGUGUUAUAACUAGCAAGAGCUCAUCGGACUUUGAUGUCAAGCGUAGGACGACCAACGACAAGACGGAAACCAGCGUAGAUAAGACGGUUCGUGUAUCGAGCAAGCCUAGGACUCCGGCAACAAGUCCAGAUAAGCGUCGACCGCAGGAUACGAGUCCAACUAAAUCGGACAAACCGAAACAUCACAUAACUGUAGCGAAGAUUAAAAUUGAACCGGUUCGUAAAUCUGUUCAGGCAAAGAUCACAACCGACGAUAGAUCUGCGAGAUCGACAACGAGAACUACUAAAACAAUAAAGAAAAUUUUCGAAACCGAACCUGAAUCGGACAAAGAUACCGGUAUUUCGGAUGACGAAGGAGAUGAUACUACGGUGACUACUGUUGAAACUACCACUACUACUGUUACCACCACCAAGAAGCAGCCAUUUACAGAUCGAAAGGACUCGGCUCCAGUUUAUCGCACUACUGGUAAAGUAGAAAAGAAUUACUCCAGGUCGUCUAGCGAUAAUGUUUUGAAAUCGGCCGUUCCCAAUAGUGCCACGAAAAAAAUACCGAAGAGUACAACAACAGCUACAACCACUUCGAGUACAAGCAAAAAAACCGACCGUCCUGUUAAGUGUGUGACCACAAAAACAAUUAACCUCUCUACGAAGGCCGCUAUUGCUUCUGACAAUCUGGACAAUGUUGUCAUCGAUAUCCAGCAAGCCAAGUCCUCCCGUGAACCUACGCCUAACAAGCUGAUUCCGAUUCCGGUCUCUCCAGAUGAAGACACUGGUAAACCUCGCUACCCAGAUGCUGUUCAGGAACCAGAUGACGAACCACGGCGUGAGCCAAAAGUUAACAAAAUUCCUAUUUUCGAGGAAGCCACAAACGAGUAUGUAGGCUGUGAAAUCACCGAAGUUGAGGACCAUGAAGUACGGGCAGCUCGAGCGUGUAGAAUAACCAAUCUGGAUCGCGUAACCGAGGACGACGAGUCCCUGCUCAGCGUUACGCAAAAAGUAUCCAAGUUUGUCGAAGAAGCAAACAAACUGAAGGACGUGCAAACAACGAAAGUUCCGAACCGAUUUGUUCGUCAUGAGUACGACGAUAUGGACGAACAUCUCAAAUCGGAUGAGUGUUUGUUGAGUGUCUCGGAUAAGGUUACGAAGUUCAUUUCUACAGCAGAAGAGGUGAAGAAAAUCAAAACCUCCGGUCCAUUUGUCCCGGAGUGUAAAGUAACGGUUGAUAUUACUGGAUCAGAUGAAUGCUUGCUUAGUGUUAACGAGAAGGUUUCCAAAUUUGGUAACGUGGAUACUAACAGGGUGUCGGCGGAUUUGAGUACGUCCGUGACGACAACUGCUACAGAUGAAAUGGACAGAUCGGUGAUAUCCGAGAAUGAAGAGUCAUCAUUGAGUGUUUUGGAAAAGAAGAAGAAGUUCAUAUCCUCAUCGAGUGUGCCGCAGAAAUCACCGGAGUUAGUGAAAAAUGUAAUGAAGCAAACUUCUCGUCAGGAGAGAAAAACGGAAGAUGUGUUGGGUAGUCUGGAAAAUGAUCACAAGGCAAACAUUGCGGAAAGGUAUACUACGGCAACUUUAACAAAACCGCGGGAUAAAGUUCCGCAAAGUGUUAGUCUUCGUAGUACAGAAGCUGUCAAGAAAGCUAAGGAGAUAUUCGAGAAUGGAGGAAAAGCAGCCACUUCGGAAAUUGCAAGACAGAAGGACAUCCUAAAUCGUCCAUCGGUUUGGGAAGACCGCCGUAAGAAGGAACAAACAUCUACGACAGUGACUGAAAAUGUGCAUACUAAGUCCACUCAGGAGAAGACACAAAAGGACGUCAAGCUGACUGAUAUUGGAGUUUACAAGCGAAAUCAAACUAAGGUAGAACCAGAACCGAAAGAUGAGUUAAUCGAUGUUAAACAGGAAACUCCAAAGAAACGGCGAGGUAGUGGAACGCCUCAGACUCCAGCCUAUAUUCGUGACACCGUUUCUACCAAGAAGGAUAUGUUCGAGAGAAGGAUUUCAUCGUCAAAAAUGGAAACAUCAGACCUUAUGAAAUCGACAAUUUCUCAGGAGGAAACCCAUGAGAUUACAGGUAACAACAAGCGCCCUUCAAUAACCGAAAAAUAUGAAAGAUCGAUCUCACGAGACACACCAACUCCAGGAAACAAGCCUUCGUAUAUGAAUCAUACUGUAAGUUCGCUUGAACACAUGAAUAGCAGCAGUCGUCGAGAGUCUAUAGAUAACACUCAACGAUACGUGAAAGUCGAAGAACAUGUACAUCAACAGGAAGGAACAGCCAAAACGACGAACAAGUUUGGCGUUGAGUUGAAGCGGACUGAUUCUGGACGAAAUGUAAUACCGUCACCAGUUAAGCGCAAGAGUUCCGUUGAUGCUCCGCUCAUUGAGGAAAUAUUCGAGCUGAUAGUUUUGGAAAAAAUGCUCGAGUCGGUUACGGGAUACGAACAGCGUAGAAGAAUUCGGGCACAGAUUCGUUUGGUUAAAAAGUUGAAUGAGAAACCUGCCUCAAUGGUCACAACAACUACGACGACAACGGUAUUGAAAACAAACAGAACUCAUGACACAAAUUCAAAGCAGAAAGAUUUUAGCCCAACCAGAGGACUUAGGAAAGAUUCGGAUAUUAAAACCAUAAAAACUGUUGAGAUUGAAAACAAAACUGAGCCCCUACAACGCAGCACAAGUCCGACUAAACCGAAAACUGUCAUCAAUGCAAAGACAGUGACUACAACGACUUCGGUAAUAACCCCGAGUAAAACAUCAAAAUUGAACGAAAGAGUUAAUAUUAAGGAAACGAAAGAGGACAAACCAAUUUGGGCUACCAGUAAUAUUUUGAAGAAAGCAUCCGAAAGUACACGCUCAUUCAAGACAUGUUCGACAAUGAAUACCGCAAAGAAAACUACAUCUACUAUGCGAGAAACACCAAAAGAGAGCAAGCCGACUGAUUGUAUAACCUCCAGCUAUGGCGUUGGCCCGACGGAUGAAAACGGGCUUCCCUUGUUCGGUAUUCGUGCAUUGAAGAAGAAAUCGACGGCACCUCCGGAAACGGAAACGACUUCUAAGAUCACAGGAACCUACGUGACAGAAUCACUGUAUUCGGAAAAUGGAUCAGCCCCCGUUGGUGAACGUAAGACUACAAUGUACUCCUCGGAUGCGAAGGACUUGGAGAGUUUUAACGCUUCCAGCAAUAAGCGUAACCUGUCAGAAGUUCGCGAGAAGCUUCUGGAGCGAGAGAAUUCACGCAAGGGACUUAUUUCUGUUACGAAAACUGAGAAAAUUGGCAAUGGCAGUAGUCACGUUACCACGGAGUUUGGUACCCUAGACGAUGUACCUCAGAGAGAAGCUAAGAUACUUCGUAAGGGCUCAGUGAAAGAGCUCACGGAACGUUUCGUCCACAAGGAAUCCUCAUCUUCAUUGGUGUCGGAAAAAAGCUACCCGAAGGCUGGUCUGAUCCUGCGAUCCACUCAGAGCCACUCUAGUCGUUCUUCGACACCGUGUGAGAUAAGUUCAGUACGUUCUGGAUCGGUAGAUUUCGAUGAAAACGACAUAGAACUGCGAUCCUCUACAUCGAAAUCAGCAGUUCGUGAAAGUAUAAUGACCUCCAGUGCGACGACGGAUCAAGAAGAGCUCGAUGAUGGUGUUGUUUUCCGCAAAAGUCAAACCAGUAGCAGUACUAGGCAAACGAGAUCUUUCCUGAAUGAUGGAAGUCGCGUUUCCGGUGUUCAGGAUGUGCUGGAGAGGAUGCGAAACGCUGAUAACGUGGAAGAAGCAGGUGACAACGAUGAUGACCGCGAAGCGCGUGCUCUGCUGAAUAAAUUCCUUGGUGCUUCGGUUUUAAUGAGCGGCAUGGAGUCAAUGAUCGCCAGUGGAGUGAAGGAAGAGUCAUCGACAGUUGGAAGCAUGCCUUCUACGAAAAAGGUCUCCAAAGUGACUACAACCCGUACGGUCAAAUCCAACGCAUCGUCUUCAUCGAAUAGCGCACCCAAGCCGAGUAUCGAUAACCUAGAACAAAUCUGGGACGAAGCUGUACUAAAACAGUUGUUGGAUUCAUCUACAAAUUACGAAGAACGUCGUAAGAUCCGAGCACGUCUCCGUCAAAUCAUGGCCGAAAAAGAAGCCUGUGCCGACAUCGUGGCUAGUGUAACUGCCGACCUGCAGCGAGAACGUCAACAACUACAUCAGCAACAGCAGCAAAAACAGAGCACUAACGACUCCAACAGUAACAGUGGUGGUAUACAGGGUGAGUCGCUCUUGUUGCCUUUGCUGCAGGGUAUUUUGUUGCACAAUAAAGGUGGCGCCAACGGCUCUCUUGGGUCUUCUGGAAUUGGUGGUAGCGUCGCUUCGCUGGCUAUCCCGCCAGUCGAAGACUCCGGCACAGAGUCGGGCGAAGACCUACGGCUUUUAGCAGCCGGAUUGCAUGACAAUAUCGAAAUGUAUCGUGGUAUUGGUGUCGGUAGUGCUACUUCCACCGCUGGUGGUAGUGGUGUUAGUGGUGAUGGUAGUAGUGUUUGUAAUGGUAGACAACAGGAAGGUUGUGAUGAUAUUUUGCACGAAGUUACAGCAGCCCUUGACCGGUUGCAGCUCUCACUUAGAGACGGGAAGGACAUCAAUGUGGAAAUGAACAAACGAAACGCUCUGUUAUCGCUCGUAUGUCGACUCCAGGCAGGUCUACUGCAACCUGAUAAACUUCCGGAACACGUUUCUCCAGUAGAGGAGCUGAACGGCAAAGAAGAUGUGACCGAUAUCAAUCAAAUGCGUCGUGGUAGCGGUCGUUUUGCCAAGAGAAGAAAUCGGAACAAUCGUCAUACCGUUGGUGUCAGCCGUGAGGAGUUGGCGGAUGCUCGCCGAUUCAUCGAAGAAAUCGGUCGUAUCGGAGAUCUGUCCUCGCAUUCUCACUCGGUAACUCCUGAUAAACCUAAAAUUCCAGAAAAACCACUUCUACCGUACUCUCUCCAAAAGCAACAGUCAUUCGGUACUGUUUUGCCUACUCAAUCCAUUGUUCCUGCAUCGGGCUUUGCGAUGAAACGCCCGAGUCAAUUCGUUCCCAAAGAGAUACAGGACAGUAACCUGAAGCCCAUCAUGAAACCCAAUGAUCGUAAAGCUAAACAAAAGCUUUUCCGACAAUCGCAAAGUUUUGACCAGUCCCCAAUCGAUGAUCAUGAACCCGUCGUCGUCCAACACAAACCGAUUGAUAUAAAACCUUUGGUUCCAGUGAAUCGAAGCGAUCCUUUUAAGAAACCCAUACAGACUGCUGCUCAGCGGGCUUUGGUGAAGAAGUAUUCAUUCAACGAUGGUUCGACUUCUGAAGAGGACGAACCACGCAAAACUGCCGAACAGGUAGUUCUACAGAAGAAUAGUACCAAAGGAUCGACCGUUAUCAAUAGCGUUCAGAAACUAGUAAAUCGAGAAGUGAAACCAAGCCAUAACGAUUUCCAUAGAUCUGGAGGACAGCAGCAACGCACCGCAGAUACCAAUAAUACACACUCGAACGGAAUAGAAACGAAUAAACCAAUGAAUAAGUACACUAGUAAAAAGUUGCGAAUGAAACGCGCAAAUACGAUAGAUAUUCCAAAGAAACUUUUGAACAAUGAAGUUGACAGCGAUGAUGAGACAGAUGAAGAAAAACGCCCCGUUAAUCGUCCAAGAGAAAUUAAAGCGAAAACUCCGGCACCGGCACCUGCCAAACCGACUGUAGAGGUGCCGGACUUUAAACCAAAAACCGAUAACGACAAAAAGUUUAUGGCUUUCCUCCAGAAACAGAAUCAAUCGACCAGACAAAUGUGGACAAAUCCAGUGAAAGAACGCGUUGGAGCUAACAAUUGGACCAGUAAGUUCGACCACUUGAAACACAAUUUCGAAAACGCUGAUAAGCUUGGCAAAGUAGUCGCUCCAAUAAAAAAUUCUACUCCCAAAAACUCAGCUAUGAACUUUUGGAAGAAAGCAGAAAGUGCUUCCUUCGACGAACUGAAAAUGAAACCUCCGAAACCAACUCCAUCCGUCCAAAACUAUGUCGCUCCCAAAACGACAACGCAACCCAAACUACCUUCGAAACCUAUCGGACCAGUUUAUCAAUCAGCUGCAAGUGUCAAUAAAUCCCACAACAAACAUACAGUUCCUCGUUCUGUUUCUCAGCCGACUUCUAGUAGCAUUACUGUUUCUAAACCGACCACGGCUGCCUCUUCUGAAUCACCGUCUUCCAAUCAAUUCACACAUGCUCCAACGUCUGCAUUUAAACCAAUCUCGAGAAAGCCCGCUCCAGUAAAUUUGGACUUCAAACCUGUGCACCACGAACCGGAUAUCAUAAAGCCGAUUCCUGCCAAUGUGUCCAAUGGUAUCGUAAAACAAAUUGUAGCCUCUGGUUUCAAGGAAACAUCAGAGGUUAAACCAGAACCGAUGAAUGUUCAGAUUGGACUGGUCAAAUCUCUUGCGGCCGCUGGAUAUCACGAAACGCCGUAUGUUCCCCCACCAAAGAUCGAACGCACCCCAACGCAUCAUGUACUCAACUAUCAGGCAAAGCCGGAACGUGGAGAUUCUCCAACACCUACAGCACCUUGGGUUGGUAAGCGAUCUGGCGGGGACAAUAAUAGUAGAGUAGCCAGCAUUGCUUCCACCAAAUUCACAGCAAACCAAUUUGGCUUGAACAAGGGUACACUUCCAACACAAUCCCAGCUUACCUAUCAAGGAUCGUUGAAGUACAACGAAAAACCAGUUGGCUUCCAGCAACCAGAACGCCUGCCGGAUAGAAGACCAUCGCUUCCUGAUGUCGGAGAGAGUCGACCACCAACAAAAUCUACUGGGUUCACCUAUACCUUCACAGAUUAUACUCUACCGGAAUCGAUAUCCACGUUCACACUCAAUCGCAGUGAUUCGUUGACGAAUCCGGACAACCAACCGCUGGUUCUCACUAACACCAAUUCGAUUUAUAGUCCAUCGCAUCAGCAGAUCAACUACCUUAGUGUGAACGAUCAGCACAGCUCUGCUUCGUUAUCUCCCAACAACGACGACAGAGAUGAUUUGGACUCGUUGGAUUCACAGGAAAUGCGCGUUACUACGAAAGUGAUGCGAGCUCCGGUUAGCCAACUGGCCAGCUUUUCCAACAACAAACCUUCUCAUCUAGGCAACUUGCCAGAUCGUGGUUCAAUGAUUGCUCAAAAUUUACAAAACUCUCUGAAAAAAAUUCAACAGAAGAGUCCAACUCCUCCGGGUCGACAGACAAAUGUGUCGUUACGUACUACACAGGAGCAACAUCUACCGCAACAUACGGUGCCGAAAGUUGAAAUUAUCCCGCAGACCCCAAUUGCCAGUAAAGCAUUGCAAUCGCAGCCUCAGUUCAAUGUACCUUCUCAUGUCAUUUACAACAACGUUCAGAGACAUCCCGCGGCAUACGAAUCUUAUCGACCAGCUCCGCUGGUUCGUACCGAUUCCUGGGCGCACAUAAGCCCACAAACUACAAUGAAUGGGUUGGCACGAGCUAAAUCCAGUCACACGUUAGCUGUUCCGCCGAUCUACGAAGGCGGUUAUAAGACUCAACAGAGCAAUACUAUAUCGGACAAGCAACGAACAAUGGAAGCAUACUUCGCCGGUCAGAAACCUUCUUUUGAUUCAACGAGUAAUUCUUCAUCCACCAAUCAUUUUCUACGCGAUAAAAGUGGAAUGUCUCAGAACAGUGUUCGACCGGUUUCGUACGCCAUGGGUCUCAGUUACAAUCCUAAUCAAUACAACAUAAUGACUCCGCAAAAUAAUCCCAAACCUAUGGGAGAUUAUCCGUCAUCUUCGCAAGCGAUGUAUUCGUCGUCAUCUACGCAACCAAAAACACCCGCUGUUUCACAACUACAACAACAACAACCGCAGCAGCAGCAGUACUAUCAACCUCCACUUGGUGCUGGGUUGGUACGCAGUCGAACAAUGCCUCAUAUCCCGUUAGGUAAUCUGAACCUUCUGGACGAGGACAACGUAGAUGAUGCAUUUGAAGAAUUGAUGAGUCAAUCGUUUGCUGUGUAGUUUUUACGGUGGAAACCACCAAGAUUUUACUACCGACAUUUGGUACAAGUAGACUUCGGUGCGGCCAACAGACUCCUUGUGGCCAAACCAUGAAGUCGAAAAACAUUCCAAUUUGUAACUGUUAACGACUGGCGUCCGGAUGUAAUCUGUGGCCAUCUAGCGCGUAAGGAUUUCAGUGUGAAUAGAAUCAUAUAGGCUGUGUUUUCAAUACGAUUGUGACGUAGAGUGGGCGCACGACUCUAGUGAUUGUGCGGUGGCGGAACGGUGAACAACGAAGCUUUAGAAUAAAGACGACAGAGCACACAUUCGCAAAAGACUCCGCAUGAACUUAUUGACUAGAAAACGAAGUUUGCUGCAUUCUCUUCUCUGUGAAAAGCAUCUGAAUGUUUAUGCUUACUCGUGUACGUGUUUUGAAAAUGAAUCAUUUUCGGGGACAUGAACAUUUUUGUGUACGAAUUUGCUCAAUCUUUGACUGUCACUAAACAAAAUUUACCGGGCAAGGACGGUACCCUAUCUGGCUCUAAGCGGGUAAAAGUGUAAUCGGUUACCUAAGUACUUCAUGCUGCUAAUACUACUCUACUACUACUACUAUUACUACUACUAUUACUUCUAUUGCCGCAACGCGGUCAUGCAAGCAUCUGUAUGUGCAGCCUAACAACCAUCAACGAAGUUGCGGAGAUGAACGGUGUUCUCCGUCGAAUAAAAUAAAAGUGGCAAUACGGCUACAGUACAAGUAGUAGAAUUCAAGUUACUACAACCUCAACCUCGAAGAUCCAGUCCCAGGAUGGAGACGUGGUCACCACCCGUACUACAGGUA